AUGACUUAUACGAUCCUCUCAAACGACCAGGUCAACUACAUAUUGGAAGGCCUCACAGUUGACGAGCUCGAUGAAUUUCGCCAUGUUUUGGCUUCGUCCCUCCACGAGUUUUCUACCGGAGUGCCGGCUCUAGAGGAAGCCUUCCAGCAACCAGACCACACCUCAACACUGCAUCCUGAGACUAUGGCCAGGACGCUUUAUAUGCCCUCCUGUGCGCCAUGUGGAAUGGGCUGCAAAGUGAUUUCUUUGAACAGCCCAGAAGCAGACCAGCCAUCUGGCGUUGAGCAGGCCAGUCCGACUGGUGUUAUCAACUUGUUCAGACCAGAUGGCUCACCACUCGGCAUUAUUAAUGCGAGUGCUUUGACAGCCUUUCGAACUGCUUUGGCAUCGACUUGUCUUGUGGCGCGCCGCAACCAUGUCAAGACUUUGACCGUAUUUGGUAGUGGUCUCCAGGCUUACUGGCAUAUCCGACUCGCUCUUAUGAUGCGCGGACACACCAUUAAGCACGUUAAUGUCAUAAAUCAUCGCUGGAGCGAUAAGGCGACUGGGCUGUUGAAGAGAUUCGCUGGUAUCUCUUCUGAGAUCAAGAAACGUGAAGGUUGGUCAGAGACUAAGUUCGGACUGCUGGUCCCAGCGUUCCACGAGUAUAAGCGUCUUAUGAAAGACCAGAUAAGAGAAGCUGAUGCGAUUUACUGCUGCACCGCAUCACAGAAGGAACUCUUUGAUGGGUCUAUCUUAACGUCUCAUGAGGGCCGCAAGAAAGGAAGACUCAUCAUUGCUGUCGGAAGUUUAACACCAGAAAUGAGGGAACUACCCGACGACCUUGUUCGACUGGCAGCUAAGAGAGACGACAAGCCUCAUCGUCAUUUCCAUAAGCAUGCAACCGAAGGUGGAGUAAUCGUCGUUGAUAAUAUCAGGAGCGUACUCAAAGAAGCAGGCGAGAUCAUAGCAGCCAAUAUUGGCCCUCAUCAGCUAGUGGAGUUGGGAGAGCUCGUGAUGCUGCAACGCCUAGCUAUAGAAGAGUCCGAUGAAUUCUCUAGCAGUCGAGCAUCUGUAGCUUCGGAUAUGGAUAAGCUAGACAUACAUGGCAGGAGUUCCAUGUCGACAGUCUAUGGUAGUGGCAGCAAUACCAGCGAAACCCCAACAAGUCCCACUGGCUCAGUAGACUCAGAAGGCCGUAGGUCCAGUUCGUUCUUCCAUUCGCGAAAGAGCUCUAGCACCUCAUUAGACAAGGAAAAGAGAAAAUCAGAAGACCACCUUUGCCGUUGGUUACGAGACGGCACUGUCGUGUAUAAGAGUGUUGGCCUCGGACUGAUGGAUCUCGUAGUGGGAACGCACUUGAUUGAGGUUGCAAAUGACAAGAACAUAGGAACUUGUUUAGAGAAAUUCUAG